CUCUGGUGAGGCCCAUCAAGUGCAGAUCGGAGACCCUGCAUUCAGGAAAAUGCUCCUGUCCAAGGUGCUUGAAGCCUUCCCGGAUAAGAAGGCAGGACCUCACCUCUGGCACAGCUCCCAGCCCCGGCUUAGUUGCUUGGCAACUGCUCUGCGUCUGUGAGUGAAGAUAAACUAUGGUAGCCAAGAGAGUACUGGUGUAUCGAAAUGGGGACCCCUUCUUCCCAGGCCGCCAGCUGGUGGUGACCCAACGCCGCUACCCCACCAUGGAGGCUUUCCUCUAUGAGGUGACUUCAGUGGUGCAGGCCCCACUGGCUGUCCGUGCCCUCUACACACUGUGUGACGGCCACCGCGUCACUGACCUGGCCGACUUACAGAAUGGAGGGCAAUACGUGGCUGCUGGCUUUGAACGAUUCCACAAGCUCCAGUGAUCUUGGAGACCCAUCCCCUACCUGGCUGUUCUUUGUCUCAGUGUGUUCAGGAAUGGAGACCUACUAAGUCCUCCCUUUGGUCUGAAGCUGCCCCAGACUGUCAUCCAGGACUGGGAGAUGGUACUGAAGCUGCUGACCGAGAAGGUCAAGUUACAGAGUGGGGCUGUACACAAACUCUGCACCCUCAAGGGGCUCCCGCUCUCAGCAGGGGCUGCUCUGGUGAGCGGCCAUCACUACGUGGCAGCUGGAGAAGAGGAGUUCAAAGCCCUCCCCUAUGUGGAGCUCUUGGUGCCCAGCCCCGCUCUGGCCAGGGGCUGCUGGUAUCCUCCAGGCCGGAAGUCUGAGUGCCACAGGCAGAGGGCCCGCGGCCACAAGGCCCAGGCACCCCAGUCUUCUGCAAAGGAACCUGGACAAACUGAGCCAUCCACUUUCUAUGUCACAGCCCGGCAGUCUGUCCAGCCACCAAGCAAGCCUUUUCCUCUUUCACAUCCAUCAGGAGUUAAGGGAGUUUAUGAGGCUUCCCACCCAAGGAAGGAAACAGCCGGGGCUCAGGAAGUGGCUGAUGAUGAGAACAUCUACACAGAAGAGCCUGUGGAUCAGAGGGCAGCAGAGACAGUGGAAGAGGCCUUAUCCGCCAACACCCGCCGGGGCCUGUAGCCAUCUAUCCUCAUGCUCAGCCCAAGCUGGUCCACCAUCUUCAGUGCCAGGAACUCGACAGAAACUGAGGACAGCCACUCCCAGCUACCCCCGCCCCAGCUUUCAGCAGCCUGGUCCUG